AUGUUAGGUAAUUCUGAGGUGGUUAAUGGUCGUGAGCACUCAUCGUAUUGCGUAACGCGUCAUGAUCGGGUCGCGCGAUCGAUGCAGCCACAGCCUUUGAUGGAUAAUCCCCAACAAAGGUCAGCCAGCAAUACGCAACCCGGUGCUAAAUCGCGAACAGCAGCGACCGAAGCGGCUCAGCGGACAGCCGACGCUGAUCCUGCGAUCACACGCAGCUUGGAUCUGCAAGCUGCUACCAGAUGCGAUCCAAUCGAACACCACGAUUGUUUGCGUCUCCUCGGUGGCGUGUUUGCUGUUCGCGUCAUUUCAUACCUCUGUGACCUCUCGUGCUUGGUUCGGACACGGGAAAAAACUCGAGUAUGGUCUGUUUUUGCUUAA